AUGCAGGGCUGGUGGAGCCCACUUAAGGCGCUUCAAAGUCUUCAGGCUACCCAAGAUAAGCCCGUGUGGCCGCCAUUACCCCCCCAUGGAGACCACUGCAGCCUGGCUGAGGAGCUCCUCUGUGACUUCGAGUGCCACUGUCCGGGCGACUGCCGGGACGAGCAGAACUGUGGACACCACAAGGACUUCACUUGCAACUUUGAAGAGGACUCGUGUGGCUGGACUGACCGCUCCCUGCCUGCUCACAGCUGGAGGCGACAACAGGGUGGUGCGAUGGCUCGGCUUGGUGGACCCACAACUGACCACACGCUGGGCACCAACCUCGGCUGGUGUAUGUCUGUCGGCCUGACUCUGGACCCCUCUGGGAUGCCAGCCAUUCUGGCCUCCCCCACAGUGGGACCCGUGGCCGCCAGCUGUGAGGUGCGCUUCUGGUACCGGCUGCGUGUAGCCCAGUCAGGUGCCAGUGGGCACAUUGCUGUGUCUGCCUCCAUCACGUCUGCCUCCGGGCGUCUGUUGGUGUGGCGCACUAUGGCUGAGGACACCCAGGGCUGGCGCCAAGCCUCCAUCUCGACUGGGCACAUCUCCUCCAAGUUCCAGAUCUUCUUCCAAGCCAGUUCAGGUCUACCAACACUGGUGGACGUUGCUCUCGAUGACAUCUCAUUCCACAGCUGCUCGUUUCCAGAGCGCCAGGCCCAGUGCUCGGCUGAGCAGGUCUCCUGUCCCCAGGGUGGCUGUAUUGACAGGUGGCAGCUGUGUGAUGGCACGGUGGACUGCAGAGAUGGAAGCGAUGAAGCAACAGAGCUGUGUGUCAACUACACAAAGUGUGACAUGGAGAUGGACUCCUGCGGCUGGCUGCUGGAUGGCUGGGAGCGCACCAGUCAGGCGCUGCUGGGCACAUUGGCAUCACCCCACGGCCCCGGCCGUGAUCACAGCUGGAACAAUGACUUGGGUCACUUCCUGUUCCUUGGUUCAAAACAUCAUGGUGAAGGGGAGCGGGCACGUCUGAUGAGUCCGGUCCUGCUGCCCAGUGCAGUGGCUGAGCCCUGUCAGCUCAUCUUUUACUACCACCUGUUUGGACCCCGGGGCGCCGCUCUCAACGUCUUCUAUCGCACACGGACCCCGGGAGAGCUCACCAGAGUGACCAGGGUGGUGGGGCAACGAGGGGACCUCUGGGUUCGUGAGGAAGCCCACUUUGCAGUGAACGCCUCUUUUCAGAUCAUACUAGAGGGGGUCUUGGGGGAUGGGCCAUUUGGAGACGUGGCACUAGAUGACCUGGAACUGUCACCCGGCUGCCGACCCUCCAGUGUCUCUCUGCCCGAAGGACCUGAGCCCACUGUGCCCCCCACAGCCUGCAGAGCCGACCAGUUCAGCUGUGCAGUUGGAGUUUGCAUCCCACAGAGUCAAGUGUGUGACUUCCAGAGGGACUGCGGGGACGCGUCUGAUGAGACCCCGUGUGGCACGCAGAGCUUUAUGGCCCAGGGUGAUGGCUGGAUGGACCGCAGCAGUGGACGGCUCAAGUGGACAGUCAAGGAGGGAGGUGGUCCUUCAGAGCAAUCCUCCGUCAUGUCCGCAGGUCGCUUCUUGACCGUCUCCGCCGCUCGAGGUCACCUCUUCACUGAAGCCAUCGUCGUCAGCCCCCUCUUAGGUCCCUCGGGUCCCGCCUGCUCCGUGCACUUUGAAUAUUUGCUGUCCAGCGCGGUGACCCAUGCAGGUCAGUGGAUCCCCUGUGUGUACCCGCUGUGCCACCUACUGGCCGCUGCUGGCUCUGCUCACUGCUGUGGCACUUUUCAGGGCUGCUGCUAUGCUAUGGAGGGCCAGGACAUCAGAGUGGCCGGUGUCACCUUCCUGCACUGCGGAGUGGACUACAGGCCAGACGAGGCCCAAGGGGUGUCGUGCAACUUUGACAGAGGACUGUGCGGGUGGUACCAGGACCAGAACGACGGCCUGGACUGGACACUGGAUGGCCGGCAGGGAUUGGACCACACCAGUGGCACAGUGACUGGUCACGUGUUUGCAGGUCACUCCCUAUCGGUGUCCCUGUCCUCCCCGAUUUGGAGUGGGACUUCGAGCCGCCUCCUCACGUACCCUCAGCCCGCUUCUUCUGCCUCCCUGUGUCUGUCCUUCUGGUACCUGCUGCGUGGAGCUCAGACAGGUACGUCUGGUCAUCUGGUCACUUUGUUUCUUUUUAUGGCCACGCUGCAAGCUUUCAUGGCCACACUUUGCCCCUCAGGGACGCUGAGCCUGAAGAUGAAGCUCCUGGGUGACACUGUGGAGACCCUGCUGUGGACCGAGAUGCAUUCCCAUGGAGACGAGUGGCAGCAUGGCAUCUCGACCGUUGACCCUUGGGGUCGGGAAUUUCAGGUAACUGCACUGAAGGACACCGCUGACCGCCGCCGAACACGCCUGUCUCCACAGCUGAUCUUCGAGGUGACCCGUGAUGGCUUUGAGGGGGACGCUGCAGUGGAUGACGUCACCCUCGUGUCCAGGCCCUGCCCUGCCCGGCUCAGUUGCUCCUUUGAGGUGGACGCCUGUGGCUACAGCACCGACGGAGGGGCCUGCUGGGUCCGGCAGAGCCAACAUUCUGGAGCCAUCCCGCACGGCCCCACCACUGACCACAGCCUGGAGACGACCACAGGGUUCUACGCUGUGGCUGACACGAGCCUCGGCGUCCUCCAAGGUGGGCAGACGACUGUCCUGUCCUCAGAGGUGAGGAGUCCUUCUGCGGGCAUGGAGUGCCUCUCCUUUUGGUACCACGCAGGUGGGCACAACCCAGGAACGCUCAAUGUGAUUGUAAGGCAAUCUGGGCACCAGCCGGAGACGGUCAUCUCAUUGAGUGGCAUGGAGGGUGUAGGCUGGCAUCGCCAAUGGGCUUCAGUCGAGGCUCAGUCAGACUGGGUGGUUGCGUUUGAGGCUGUAGGCGCUGGAGGGUCCCAGACAUAUAUUGCCAUUGAUGACAUCACAAUCGGGGAGGGUCGCUGUCCUGCUUCAGGUAUGCCCAGUGGGGGAGGGGGGGGCAGCUUGUGCUGUGCCACGAGUCGUGAUGAUGGGAUUUUUGUGACUUUGAGAAGGAUGCUUGCCGCUGGAGCAACACAUGGAGGCCUGAGUGGGAGCAGCUGGACUGGGAGAGGGCAAGCGGCUGUAAUGCCCACCACUGGGGGCCCCUGGAGGACCACUCACUGGGCACGCAGCAAGGUGGGGUUUCGGCCAGGGCACCGAGGGGCUUCUUGGCAUUGCCAGACACUCCCAAGCCACUGUCCUCUUCUUUCAGGUGGCUUCAUGCUGGUGGCGGGUGAUGGGCGCAUCUCCGCGGGUCGGACAGCCUGGCUGCUGAGUGACCACCUGCCCCCCACAUCGGCUGCCUGCCUUUGCUUCUGGUACUGGCUGGACAGAGUGGACGCAGUGUGUGAGUCUCCUUUUCCUCUUCUGCCUUUCAGUGGACACCCCCACCACCUGUGCCAGUCAGAGGGUGGUGUGGUGCCCACGUGUCAUCCUGGUGGGCAGCAUUUCUGGAGUUUUGGUGCUGACCCCAGCCUGCUCUCACCAUUUCUCUUGUCAUUUCCAGAUGAGCGUAAUGAGCUGAGAGUCUCCAUAGUCGGUGCAGGCGAGUGGCUCAGCAGCUGGUAUUUCAAGGAGCCAACGGCAGGGUGGCAGGAGGCUCAGAUCAGCCUGGCCAGCCCACAGGAGUUCCAGGUACCCAGUGGACCACUGAGUUGACCUACUGAUUGGUCAGGGUGGUGUUGGUUCUUAAACGGGCAGAGGUGGCAACUGCUAUGGGGUGCCCCUCUGUAUUCAGAGGGCACAAAUGAAGAUAACCUCUUUCAGCCAAGCAGGCCACAAGAGGGCAGUGUAUCAUCUGGAUGCGCCCUUUGACCCCUGGCAUUCUGCAGGACCCCCUAUAGGUUAUGAAUUUCUUAGAGUUGUGAUGGCCACCGCUUCUCCAUUUUCAGAUCGUGCUUGAGGCCACCAGGGCAUUGGGUGCCAUCG